UCAUAACCGGAAGUGAUUCGUUGGCGGUUCCGGUUUCAGAAGCGUAAAGAUGUCUCUGUCCUCAUUUAAUUUUGUCGACGCUAAAGAGAAAUUUUCGGCUGCAAGCACACAAGCACUAGCUGGUAAAACCUGCAAACCCCUAAUCGCCGUGUUUAACCAACUCCCCGGCAAUGAGACGGAAAAGAAGACCACACUGGAUCAGGCUUUGAGGAGUGUUCUUGGUGACCAGAUUCUUGAGCAGAAAUCAUGCUGUGAUGACUAUCUGUCUCUAAUCUACCAGAGCAUCAAUGCUGUUACUGAGGGUAUCUGUUCUGCUACGACUCCUUUUGUCCUGCUGGGAGACGUUCUGGAUUGCCUUCCCCUUGACUUGUGUGACAAAAUAUUCUCUUUUGUUGAAGAAAAUGUCUCUACCUGGAAAUCGAGCUCUUUUUACACAGCAGGAAAGAACUAUUUGUUGAGAAUGUGUAACGAUCUUUUAAGGAGGCUGUCGAAAUCCCAGAAUACAGUAUUCUGUGGGAGAAUCCAGCUUUUCCUGGCACGUCUCUUUCCUCUGUCUGAAAAAUCCGGUCUCAAUCUACAAAGCCAGUUUAAUCUGGACAACAUAACCGUGUUCAAUAAAAAUGAACAAGAAAGCACUCUUGGUCAGAAGCACGCUGAUGAAAAGGAAGACGGCAUGGAAGUGGAGGAAGGAGAAAUGGGGGAGGAUGACGCCCCGGCACCGUGUUCUAUUCCGAUUGACUACAACCUGUACAGAAAGUUCUGGACAUUGCAGGACUACUUUAGAAAUCCGUUGCAGUGCUAUGAAAAAAUCUCAUGGAUUACUUUUGUUAAGUACUCCGAUGAGACUCUUGCUGUGUUCAAAAGCUACAAACUGGAUGACAUGCAGGCGUCAAAGAGGAAGUUGGAGGAGCUGCGAGCGUCUGAUGGUGAACAGGUUUACUUUGCCAAGUUUCUCACGAGCGAAAAGCUGAUGGACUUGCAGCUCAGCGACAGCAACUUCCGGAGACACAUACUGGUGCAGUACCUGAUCCUGUUCCAGUACUUGAAGGGUCAGGUCAAAUUCAAAAGCUCAAGCUGUGCUCUGAAUGAUGACCAGACUACAUGGAUUGAGGAGACGACUAAGCUGGUGUUUCAGCUCCUCAGAGAAACUCCCCCUGAUGGAGAUAAGUUUGCCACCAUGGUUGAGCACAUGCUCAGCACGGAGGAAAACUGGAAUGCCUGGAAAAAUGAGGGAUGUCCGAGCUUUGUGAAAGAAAGAACGGUAGACGAAAAACCUAAAAGGCCCACCAGGAAGAGACAAGCUCCAGAGGACUUCCUUGGAAAAGGGCCGGACCGAAAGAUUUUCAUGGGAAAUGACGAGCUAACCCGAUUGUGGAACCUGAACCAUGACAACAUGGAGGCGUGCAAGUCAGACAGCAGAGAGUUUAUGCCGUCACUGGAUGAGUUUUUUGCUGAAGCCAUCGAACAGGCUGACCCAGCUAACAUGGUGGAGGAGGAGUACAAGGUUGUGCGAAACCCGAACUACGGCUGGCGGGCCUUGAGGCUGCUGUCCAGGAGGAGUCCACACUUCUUUCAGCCGACUAACCAGAAGUUCAAGAGCCUCGCAGACUACUUGGACACUAUGGUUUGCAAACUGGCUAAAGAACUGCCGAAGGAUCUCCCUUCAGAGGAAAUUAAAACAGGCGAAGAGGAUGACGACGAUAAUGGAGACAAUCUUCUAAAAGAAAGCAACGACAGUCCCAGCAUUCAGAGCAAACUUGUAACGAACCAGCAGAUGGACGACAUUGCGGCUAAACUGGGUGCCCAGUGGAAGACGCUGGCCUCUCAUUUGGAGAUGAAGGCAGCAGAGUUGCGUGAAAUCGAGACGGACAGUGAAGAUGUUGAGAUGCAGGCCAAACUCCUGCUGGUUUCAUGGCAGGACCGAGAGGGCACACAAGCUACUGUGGAGAAUUUGGUCUCCGCUCUAAAUGCAGCUGGUUUUUCUCAGAUCGCAGACGGCCUCAGUGAGGCUUAAGCUCUACCUUUCUUACCUUCUUGCAACAUUCUUUGUCAUACAAAAACCUAUUUACAUUUUUUGUAUGGAAGUACAUGUUAAGCCAUUUUUCCACUGUAGAAACCCAAUAAAUGUUUUUUUUUCCUA